AUGUCAUGGAAAUUCAAGCAACUCCUCUUUGCACUGCUUGGUGGUUUCGCACUUAAUCUGGUGCUGCUAGUUCAUUCCCAAGAUGAUCAAUCAGGAUUUAUUAGCAUAGAUUGUGGCCUCCAGACAGAUUCAAGUUAUACUGAAAAGACCACUGGCCUUAACUACAUUUCCGAUGCAACCUUCAUAGACACCGGUGAAAGUAAAUCCAUAUUGCUUGGUGACAGAGACGACUAUCUACAGCCAUACUGGUAUGUUAGGUGCUUCCCCGAAGGAGUCAGGAAUUGCUACAAAAUAAAUGUUACACGAGGCAACAAAUAUUUGAUCCGCGCGAGUUUUGUUUAUGGGAAUUAUGAUGGCCAAGACAAGAUACCAGAAUUUGAACUACACCUUGGACCUGAUUUGUGGGAUACAGUUAGCUUUCGAAGUGCCUCCGGUGCAGGCACGCACAAAGAGCUCAUACAUGUCCCACCUCGAAACUAUAUACAUGUUUGUUUGGUGAACACAGACUCUGGGGUUCCAUUUAUAUCUGCUAUAGAACUCAGGCCUUUAAGUAAUGAAUCUUAUCAAACGGUAAGGGAGUCAUCAUUGGCACUUGUCUCCCGGUACGACACGGGCCAAGGAGCUAAUAGUAGAUCAUACAGGUAUCCAUUCGAUAUUUAUGAUCGCUUCUGGACUUCCUAUCAUGACUUCGAUAAUUAUUGGACACAAUUAAAUACCUCAUCCACCAUCGGCUCUGAAUCUAACAACCAUUACCAACUACCGUCGGUUGUUAUGAGUACCGCUGCAACGCCAAAAAAUCCAAGUGAUCAUUCCUUGAGAAUUAUUUUGCCGCCAAAUAUAAAUGCAGAAUAUUGUAGUUACCUGCACUUUGCAGAACUUGAAAGGGCCGAUCCCAACCAAUCUAGACUGCAACAGAUUAUCUUGAACGGAAAACUCAUUUAUGGGGCAUUUGCUCCUCCUUACUUGCACACAUAUACUAUUUUCAGCGCUAGCGGUUUGAAUACUUUUGGACAAUAUAAUAUUUCAAUCACCAGGGCUAAGAACUCUACCCUCCCACCCAUCCUCAACGCUUUUGAGAUUUAUAUGGUUAAAAAUUUCUCAGAAGCAGAGACAAACCAAGAAGAUGUGGAUGCUAUCACAAACAUCAAGGCGACUCAUAAAAUCAAAAGGAACUGGCAAGGCGAUCCAUGUAGCCCUCAACUUUACUCAUGGGAAGGUCUAAACUGCAGGUUGCACAAAACGAAUCAGCAACAUAGAAUAAUAUCCUUGAACUUGUCCUCCAGUGCAUUAACAGGGGAGAUAGCUCAUUUUAUAUCAAAUCUCACCAUGAUAGAGACUUUGGAUUUAUCAAACAACAACCUAACUGGAUCAAUUCCAGAUUUUUUGUCUACACUGCCAAACUUAAGCGUCCUAAACUUGGAGAAAAACAAUCUCACAGGUUCUGUUCCUUUCGGACUCAUUCAAAGAAGAAAUGAUGGGUUGCUAUCAUUAAGUUUGUGCGAAAAUCCAAAUCUAUCUGAUUCCCAACAAAUUUCUUGCGAAUUAAAGAAGAAGCGGAAUAUCAGUAGUCACGUCGCACUAUACUUGCUUGAAUUUUUAUUCCUCUUGUCAGCUGUAUUAACUGUAUUAACUGUAUUAGCUGUAGUCUUCGGGAUGGGCUUUAAAAGGAAACGACAACAUGAGAUGAUGAAAAAUUUCAAACCAAAUAGUCUGUUGGAGUGCGAGGGUCAACGCUUUGCAUACUCGGAGAUCGUGAAGAUUACUAACGAUUUUGCAUCAAUAAUUGGAAGAGGUGGAUUUGGAAAAGUAUACCUUGGCACUCUUAAAAAUGAGACUAAAGUUGCUGUGAAGUUGCUCAAUUCAUCGUCAAGGCAAGGCUCAAAAGAAUUUAAAAAUGAGGUUGAACUGUUGAUGAGAGCUCAUCAUAGAAAUUUGGUUUCUCUGGUUGGGUACUGUAAUGAAGGGGAGACCAUGGCGCUCGUUUAUGAGUACGUGGCGAAUGGAAAUUUGCAAAAGCAUCUAUCAGCUGAUGUAACUCAAGACGUUUUGACUUGGAAGGAAAGACUUGAAAUUGCAGUAGAUGCAGCACGAGGACUAGAAUAUAUGCACAAUGGUUGCAAGCCACCCAUUGUGCAUAGAGAUUUAAAGACAUCCAAUAUCUUGUUAAAUGAAAAGUUGCAAGCCAAGAUAGCUGACUUUGGUCUUUCUAAAGUUCUCUCAACUGAAAGCGCCACUCAUGUCUCAACAGCUGCCAAGGGAACAUUUGGAUACCUUGAUCCUCAAUAUUGUAGCACUGGACGGCUUAACAAAAAGAGUGAUGUAUAUAGCUUUGGGAUUGUGUUGCUAGAGCUUAUAACUGGUAGAGCAGCAAUAGCAAGAGAUGAAGAAGAUGUACCUAUUCACAUAUGUCAAUGGAUGUGUCCUAAAUUCAAGAGCAUGGAAAUUGAAAGCAUUGUGGAUUCAAGAUUACAAGGGAGCUACUUCAACGCUUCUGCUCGGAAAGCCAUAGAAAUUGCCAUGGCAUGUGCAUCUUCAACAGCAAUCCAAAGGCCAGAUAUAACUGUUGUGCAUAAUGAUUUGAAAGAAUGCUUGGAAAUUGAGAUGCCUUUUGAAAUAACAGAGAUUGUGGAGAGCGAUGAUGCAAGUUCAAGCAACUCAGUUACAAUGACUUCCCACAUUGAGUCCCAAACUAAUACUAGCAGUCUUGGAAUGUUACACGAAAUUUCAAAUUCCUUAACCUACCUUGUUGUUGAAGAUGCAAUGGCAAUGGCAUGUGUAUCUCCAAAUGCUAUAAAAAGGCCAACCAUGAGUCCGGUGGUGGUGGAACUAAAGGAGAGUUUGGCAACAGAGAUUGCUGGAACAAGGCAGAGCCAUGAAACUGAGUUAACAAAUUCCAUUGAGAUAAGGUCUGAUAGUUCGAUGGUUAUACUAAAUCCCUCGGUUAGGUAG